AUGAUAAACGACAGUGUGAUUACAACGGCUCACUCACCUCGUGCACACAGGCUUGAAGUGGAGUUUGAACGAAAGAUGGAAGCAACUUCACUUCCUGCUUCCGAUUCAGAUAUUCCUCACAAAAAGAUCAAAACACAAAUGGAUAUGAUCAAGUUUAAGAAAUCAAAAGCCUUCUUGAUUUAUGAUAAUUUUAUGAAGGAAUUGAAUGAAGCGACCAAAUCAAAACCUAAUCCGCAAGACUUUUCCAAUGCCUCACCACUUGUUUUUGUUAUAUUAUCAUUCUUUGAUGAAUUAGAAGAAUUUAUUAAUUUAUAUCCGCCUGUACAAAUUAAAGAUGGACAAACAUCGAGAUUCGGAAACUUAGCCUAUCGCGAUUGGUUCGAUAAGAUGUGCUCGGAGGCUGAUAGAAUGAUGGACACACUUCUUAACAAGGCUUUGGAAUGCUCUAAGUCAUCCAAAAAUUUAUCGAGUAGCCGCGAUGGUACUACAACUAGUGAGAACGAAAUCACACCAUCCUCUUCUUCCUCUUCGUCACCUUCAUCCACUUCUUGUGAAAAUGCAACAUCAUAUUACUUUACAAAGGAAGAUUGGCACCGAAAAGAGUUGAGUGCAUAUUGGAAAGAUAGCUUUGGAAAUAGAACACGUAUUGAUUAUGGAACAGGACAUGAAGCUACUUUUUGCGCUUGGAUGUGUUGUUUGGCUCGAUUGAAUAUUUUCUCAAGAAAAGAUUCUUAUCACAUGGUUGCUGUUAUAUUUCCUCGCUAUGUCGAAGUGAUGCGUAAAAUAUUAUUAGUGUACAAAUUAGAACCUGCAGGAUCUCAUGGAGUAUGGGGUCUUGAUGAUCAUCAAUUUUUAACUUAUUUAUGGGGAAGUGCUCAAUUAAUUAAUAACCCAGAAGAUAUUAAGCCAUCUUCCAUUCAUGAUCCACAAAUAAUAGAAAGAUAUUCUGACAAGUAUAUGUACCUAGCAGGUAUCAAAUUCAUCAAUCAAGUGAAAAAAGGGCCAUUUGGCGAACAUUCUCCUCUAUUGAAUGACAUUAGUGGUGUUCCAAGAUGGAUGAAAAUCAAUUCUGGACUUAUUAAGAUGUAUUAUGAUGAAGUACUUUUCAAAUAUGUCGUCAUUCAACACUUUUUAUUUGGACGAUUAUUGCCAUUCGAACUUGCUGAAGAAAAGUAUCCAAAUUCCCAGACGAGUCAUGGCACGACCUCGAGCACUGUGGUACCAACCUUAUCCAUGCCAAAUCUGUCAGAAAUUCAUGACAUGCAUAGUCAUCAACGUCAUCCUCAUGCAUCUUCUCCUUACACUCCAACAGUGUUACCAUCUUCCUCGUCAUCAUCACAUCCCCACAUGUCAACAGUCCCUUCCCUCACACUUGCCCCUCAAUCACAGUUUACAACCACUACAUUGCGUCCUCCUCCACUCAAAUCAACUACAACCUCAUUGAGACAGUCAGAGAAUAAGGCACAACAGGAACAGUAA